GUUUAUUCGACGCGCCACUAGAUACGCGUGCCUACGGUAACGCAAAGCUAGAAAGGUCAAAGUCGUCGUAGCAUUCCUUGUGUACAACAGCAAGAAAUCCGAAAAGCACCAAAGAUGCCGGUCCAUUGUGCUACAUACAGUGGCAUACAAAGCGGUACAAUUACGAAAAGGGAACUUGGAGUAACAUUUCACAAGUAUACUUAUAGCUUUUUUCAAAUGUUCUUUAUUAAUAGCUCAAAGAGUAAAUCUAACGUAAAUCGGCAGAGAAAUGAGCACGUUACGACUUAAUUUCAAUGUCCUUGCAUUACCUUUGAUGGGAAUGUUGCCCUUACAAACAUGGCCGCCACGGAGGCACGCUAGUUAGCCGUGUUACCACAGCGCGCUGGUGUUUCUAGUCUUUAUUUCUACGUAACAGUGUGUUAUUUUUGGAACUAGCUGCUACUUACCUCUUGGACCAGCACUGCGAGCGCUAAUUACCAAAUGUGUCCCUUUUAAAAUAAAACGCGGUUUGUUGAUGUAUAAUUGAAAUGCAUUACUUUUAUCUGGAGCUAAAAUAAUCUCGGACAAACGUGUAAUUUGUUAUUUUGCUCAUUCCCGGUGGCUGGCAUACGCUUGUUAGCUCGCGCUAACGGGCUAAUAACAAUAACAUGGCUCGUGUGUUGCACUCAUCCUGGUACAACAUGCUAUUCUGUACGGCUUGAUCGUAGAUAGCUUUUAUUUGUUUUAUUUGUAGCAACUGCUGAUUUAGCUUUCCAAAUGCCAAAAUUAGCAAUUUAGUCCUUAAAAUAUAGUUGGGGUUAUUUAAAAAAAAAAAAAAAAAAAAACACGGUAAUAUGGCGGAGUCAACUGGUGUAACUGAUGUCACAGUGAAGACUUUAGACUCACAGAGUAGGAGCUAUAAAGUCAGAGGCGAGUUGACAGUGAGACAGUUCAAGGAGCACAUAGCAUCAUCAGUGGAUAUCCCAGUAGACAAGCAGAGGCUCAUCUACCAGGGCAGAGUGCUACAAGAUGACAGAACGCUGACUAUGUACAAUGUGGAUGGGAAGGUCAUUCAUCUCGUAGAGCGUGCCCCACCUCAAACCACCGUGACUGGCUCAGGGGGCGCAGAUGUAUCCAAUGAAGGGGAGGAUGACAGCAGCAGCCAUGUUGCCACCUCCCCAGUGCCACCCCAAGAGCGCAACGGCAACAGUUACGUGAUGCUUGGGACUUUCAACCUCCCUGUCAACAUUAUGGAACCUCAGAUGUCUGCUCAGCAGAUGAUGCCUGGAGUAGGUGAGUCCGAAAGAAACGCCAGGGUCAGCACCAGUGCGGGGCGCAAUGGCUCAGUGGAUGUGCGGAUUAACUUGGACCAGUCGGUGCAGAGUGAGGCUCGGGUGGGGGUGCAGCUGGCUGAGAACCUGCUUCGGCACGCUCAGAUUCUGAUCAGCAGGCUGGAGGGUGAUUCCAGUUCCCAGACAGAAACAGAGGCACAGCAGUCCUCGUCGUCCUUGCCAGCAUCGUCCUCCUCAACCAGAAUGGCUGUCGAAUCACAGUCUAUGGAGACCGAGCCUUCUCCUUCUUCGUCAUCGUCAACCUCCACACAAACUGAAGGAGCACACAACACACGACCCAAUCACCCGAGUCCUGCAGAGUUUGUAGAGAUUCUCUCCGAGGUCAGGAGGGUGGAGGAGAGGUUACGUCCUUUCAUAGAGAGGACCCACUCGAUCCUCGGAGCAGCCACGUCGGCAGACUACAACAACAAUACGCAGGAACGAGAUGAGGAUCAGCGUGUUCUCAACAUGGCUGGAGAUGCGCUACGUCUUCUGGGCAAUGCCUUAGUUAUCCUUGGUGACCUUCGCUGCAACCUGGCAACCCCGCCCCCACGUCACCUGUAUGUAGUCCGGCCCAUGGCCCAGUAUACCCAUCCUGUCCUAGUCCAGUCCGGUCUGCCACACACCGCCCCUCCAAUAAACGUGGGGACCACAGCGACCAUGUUGUCGAACGGAGGACCUGCUGGCGAAAAUCAACGCCUGCCAUCUCGGCCUAGCGGUCAGUCAGCUCAACAGACUUCCGUUCAGGCUCCGCCUCCUGACUCCAAUGGGACCAAUCAUCAUCAAGAGCAAGAAGGACCCCGGGUGAUCAGGAUCACCCACCAGACCAUGGAGCCUGUUGUCAUGAUGCAUAUGAACAUUGAUGGUGAUGCAAGUUCAGGACAGCCAAAUGCUGCAGGUUCAGUCCAACCAGGCUUGCCCCCAGAGUUCAUGCAAGCAAUUGUCCAGCAGAUCUCCCACCAAGCAGCCACCAUGGCUGCAGCAGCUUCGUCUGAUCACCAAACACACACGGCAGCAUCCAUUCCUGCCGCCGCCGUCAGCAAUGAAGGGAUCGCUUCUACGCAACAUCCGCCGCCUCCUCAGGCCAGGGUGGUCUUCACUAGACCGUCCUUCUCCCCCCAUAUCCCUCAGCAUGUGGGAACCAGAGGAGCCACCAUCAACCUGAGAGCGAUGUUGCCCACAGCAGGUCAACAAGCAGCACAGGGCACACCUCUGGUUGUCUCCUCCCUCACCCAGAUGAUCAGCAAUCUGGUAGGACAGCUCCUCAUGCCAGAGAACACAGGCGAUGCCCCAACAUCAUCCUCUUUAACCAGCUCUCAGUCAUCCUUCUCGACUUCAUCUGAGUCCUCCACAUCUCCUGUCCCUCCCUCUGCCAACACCGCUGGACACACACCAGCACACAGCUCGGGAGUAUCUGUCGAUCAACCAGUAGGGGCCGGUGCAGAGGGAAACCUUGCCCAGCUCCUGGGCUCUCUGCUGGCUGGAGGUUCUGGUUCUGGACCGACACCCUCCAUAACCGUGAUGCUUCCUGGAGCGCCUGGCUUAUUUCAGAGCAUGACAGACUUCAUGUCGCCACCUGCCAGCAGCACCGUUCAACAAGCCGUACCUCAGUUCCAAGUUCCUCACACGCCUCAUGCCGGCAGUGGUGCCGGUGGAGACUCUCUGAGCCCAGAGCUAUUCACUGGCAUUGUGCAAGGAGUGCUGUCUACUAUGAUGAGCUCACUCGGGGCACAGCAGGGCAAUGGAGAAAGUAUCGCACAGUUCAUUCAGAGGCUUUCUCAGACCAGCAAUCUCUUCACCCCUGGAUCUGGAGAUGCUGUGGGCUUCUUUGGUGAUCUUUUGUCUCUGGUGUGUCAGAGCUUUUCUAUGGUGGACAUGGUGCUGUUGCUUCAUGGGAAUGCUCAGCCUCUGACCCGCAUCCAGCCUCAGCUGACUGACUUCUUCACCAAUCAAUACAUGCAGGGACAAGAGCCCACUGACGCUAACAUAGUUAGAGCAGCUGCCGACCUCAUCAGUGGUCUGGAGGAGUACAUUACAGAGAGUUUUGCCUCUGUGACGGUACGCGAGGGAGUGGACAUUGUUCAGACCAACCUUGCUUUCCUCAGGCAACAGGUCACAUGGAUGGCCUCACAUACACUGCGCCGCAAUGAUCACACAUUUGGCCCCUAUCUGCUGUUGCUGUGCACUCGGGCUCUGUUUGAGUGUCUUGCCCUCAACUUGUACUGUCUACGAGGAGAACAGAGAGCUCUGACUGCUGUUAUCAACCAUCGCAUUAGGAGAAUGUCCUCGGAAAUGAAUCCCAGUCUGGUCAAUUGGUUGACCAGUAUGAUGUCGAUGAGGUUGCAUGCCAUUCUGGAGCACAAUCCAGUUACUGAGGAUCAGAUCCAGCGCUAUGUCAGAUUCGUACCGACGGAGGAGAGUUUAUCUCCAGCUACCACAGCAGAUGAGGCCAUGGCAUCGUCUGGUGACAGCCGAGAGACCACACACGCCACUGAGGACGCUCAGGGAUCUGCUGUGGCCCCACCAAGACGAACAGAGCUGCCCCAUGAGGUGGAGCCAUGGGCAGCGUCCGUUCCACCUGAAUGGGUUCCUAUCAUCAGGCAUGAUAUGGUGUCUCAGAGGAAGAUCAGAGCACAGCCGCCACUGUCUGACGCCUACCUACACGGGAUGCCCGCCAAGAGGAGGAAGAUGACGCAGUCCGGAGGACCCCACCUCUCCUUGUCAGAUGCCGUCAGUCGAGCUGCUCGCUCUGCCGGAGCCCUACCAGUCACGACUGCAAACGGUCUCAAGGGGGAGCUUGAGAAUCCAGAUCUGCAGGACGCAUAUGCGACACAGGUCAAGAGUGACAUAAAAGUGCGGGUGCAAGAAGAUCCAGACUACAACGCCCACAGAUUCCCCAACACACGUCGAGCUUUCUCCUUAGAUGACUCUUAAAUUGAAUGUUAAAGGACCAGAAUGGGAACUGAACAAGUCCUGCACCCAAUUGCCUUGUCUUAGACAGGGACAACUGGGACCACCCAUGCUUUAAAAUACUAGUUGUGUGUUCUUGUACUAAAACGUUUCCCUCUAAGCUGGAUGGACGGAGACCAGGAAAUUAGCAAAGAAAGAAAAAAAAAAAAAAAAUCCUAGUUGAAUUUCAAAAUACUAAUUCUAUGUUUACACCAAGGGUGUCAAACUCAUUUUUGUCGCGGCCCACAUUGUAGUUAUGUUUUCCCUCGGAAGGCUGUUAUGUCUGUGAACCCAUAUAAAUGUAUGAUCGCCUCAUAUUGUUACGUAUACACCAAAAAAAAUGGAUAACUACUACUACUACUAAGGGGAAUAUGUAAUUAAAAAAAAAAUAAUGCUUGCAAUAACCUAACGUUAUUAAAAGUGGAAACAAGUUGCAAUUUUAGUAUUUUAGCAAGAAACAUGAAGUCGACGCAUUAUUUGCUUGAGCGGGCCACAUAAAAUAGUGACGGAACGGAUCUGGACUCCGGGCUGCAAGUUUAACACCUGUGCUUUACACUAUCUUCCCAGCAGCCAUGUGAGCUCCAUUUGCCCGGAACAUAGUGUGCUGGAAGAUUUUGGCCAUUUUCUCCGUAAUGAAGUCUAUCAUGGAACGUGGGGCAAGGCUCUGCUGAGUUCCGGAGGCUAAAAGGCGCACUAGGGUUCGGCUUGUGGUCUACAAUGGAUGCCAGUAGUUCCUUCCAGGCCCCUCACGUUCUGAUGGGGUCCCUUACGUAUCUCAUGUAGCUGAUCAAGGUCUGACACGUUUGUCACAUUCUGUCAAGACUUCCUUCAGCUGAAACGUGGACGCCGCGCAGCUUUGUAGCUGCGCUUUGUCUGUGGCCACAGCAAGACUCGAAUAAACUUACCCACUCCUAAAUCACUAGCGCCGUGUAAGACCGUAAUAGAAAUCAAUGUGGCAUCUCGCACUGGGCCCGUAAACCAUCACACGCCGGGACGCGCCAGGAUUGAACGUGACAAAGCUGAAUGAAAUGAAUGUGCAUGCAAGCAUACCUUCGUGGCUGACCAUUUACUUCACUGAAACAUUAGAGCGAUCCAUUUUUAACACAACAGUCAGAAAUGUAUCUAACCUAUUUUCACGGUAUUGUCUAAAAACAUCCAGAAUUUCAAUCUUGAGGUGGCACAAUGCUGCAAGGCUCCCAGGGAGGUGAGGAAGGCAGUUGAACGACACUUCUCAGAUUGUUCAAGGUGUCCAGCGAGAGCUAAGAGAUUUGUUCUCAAGCUAAUUUCAACACUAAAUUGGUUAAUAAUUCAUAAAAUGACUGACGAUGUGGGAACAGAACAAUUGUAUUAAUUUUUUGGGGAAAAAAAAAAUAUAUAUAGCUAUCUAUAAGCUAUAUCUGGACAUACAAGGUCUCCGUCCGACUGUGACAGUGAUUCCCGUCCCGCUACAUCCAAGCAUCCAAGUUUUGAUAAGCCGUGUUACAUUUUGUUCAAUUGAUCUCGUUUUAUUAUGGCCGACUGGGAUCCCAUUUAGUUCACGGUGGGUGGCCUGAAACAUGAUUCCCCUGGCUGCUGGGAACAUAGCGGUCUAGAUGACGUGAUUCCUCUUUUCUUGUGCGUAUUGUAGUUGCGAGUAUCAGCAAAAUAGCAAUACCAUUGAGAGUUUGAAAAUAAAACCAUCAUCGUAGUUUUAUUAGAAUUAUAUAGAAAACAGUUUACUGUACAAACAUUUUUGGGGAAAAAAAAUUAUUAGUUUCAAAUAAAAUGACAAUACAAUGAAGUUGAACUUCUAAUUGUAUGUUGUGGUGUUAAGAGGUGGCGAUAGUAAUAUUUUUGGGAAAUAACCGGUCAAAUUAAGAUUAUACAUUUAUUUAACUCUAGUGGGAAGGAACCAUGUUUGGUGUUCAAACCAGACUCUGCAUGGCUCACGGGGAGGCAGGAACUGCCCGAUUUCUCCGUCAAGUUAAGAAAAUUGAAAAAUGUUACGUGAAAUUUAACAAUAUAGACUGCAAUUCAAAUUUUCAAAAACUUUGAAAAAUCACUGCUUAACCCCCCCCCACCCCAAGAAAAUAAAAAAAUCAAGCUUCUGAAGCUGCCCCUUGACUAAGUGCUCAUCCCAUCAAGUGCAACACACCCAUCAAACAUCCUCAACCAGAAAUGUUGUGAUUACAAAAACAAGUUCCAAUAUCAGGGGAAACGCCAUUCUAUUAAGUAUUCUAGUUGUAGUACAUUUUAUGUGGACAGUCAUUGAUGGCAAAAUGCACAAAAAUGUCAAGAUCAUUCAGAUGACGACGACGACUUCAUCUGUAUUUUACUUUUGUCUGGCGGGGGCUCAAUUAUGUGUUCAAUGUUUGUAAAACUGAAUGGUUGGCGAAGAAUAAAGCUCUUACUUAUUCA